AUGCUGCUAAAUCUUAUUAGUCAUAAAUUUCCUAGAUUUUAUUCUUUGGACAAAAUUUCUGCCUUCAAAGAACUUAAAAUGAGGAAACAUUCACAUGUAUAUGAUUCACAAAACUCCAAAGAAUUUCAACACAGUGUAUCUGUUAAUUCUUCGAAAUCUGACUCAUCUGCACCAAUAUUUCAUGAAUGUUUUUCUUCAGUUGAACAGCUGUCUGGACCUGUAUCUAAACUGAACGAAAUAAUUCAGGACCUUAUUGACUAUAAAAACGAUGCUGAAUUUGCGGUUAUGACUGCUUCAGAUUUGGCUAAACGUCUCUACUCUAACAUAUCUGCCGAUGAAGCAUUUCAAGUUGUAUCAUAUAUCCAUAAAUUUGCACGUUAUCAAGCUGCGCGUUGUGGAUUGGUGAAUUGUUCUGAGCUUGUUCGAGCUAUUAUUCACAUUCUUCAAACAACUAAAAAUGUUGACCUACAAUUUGAAGCUGCAUUGACACUCCAAUUGUUAACUAAAGCUUUAACUGGUGCUAAAUUAGCCUGUGAAGAGAUUGGUAUUCCACAAUUAGUUGAAAUGUUAAGGCAUCCAUCCGAAGUGAUGUAUACAACUGCUCUUUAUGUAUUAAAUCAAUUAUUAUGGCAUUUACCAAAUUAUUCACGUCCAGAAUUUCGACAUUGUAAUGGUCAACUAAAUCUUAUUUAUUUACUUGAAGCAAAUCGUUUGAAUGAUUCAAAUUGGUUAUUAAUUUGUUUAGAUACAUUACGUAUGGCAAUUUAUGAAAGUAGUGAAACAAAGCUUUCUAUUACAUCAACUAAUAUCUAUCAAAUUAUUGUACAUCUUUUGAGAACAUAUCCAACUAAUAUGAAAAUAGCUUAUAAUAUAGCAAGAUUAAUCAAAGUUUUAAGUGUAUGCAAUGAAAAUAAACUAAAAUUAGUUGAAGCUGGCACUGUAGAAGCAUUAACUCCAUUAUUAAAUUGUACUAAUGAAAUAUUACAAUUAGAAACAUUAUGGGGAUUACGUAAUAUUAGUGAUCAAGCUUAUCAUUUAUUGGCUACAAAAAAUCUUAUCCCAAUAUUGAUUAAUUUAUUAGCUAGUAAAAAUGAACAUAUCUCUAUAUGUUCCGCUGGUUGUUUAUGUAAUUUAACUUGUCAAAAUGUACAAAAUAAAAGUUUACUUGUUGAAAAAGGUGGUGUAAAAGUGCUCUGUAGACUUUUAUGUUUAAAUUCAGAUCGUCAAGAGAUUGCAGAACCAAUUUGUUCAGCUUUAAGGCAUGUAACUCAUCGAAAUCCUCAUUCUAAUUCAGCAAUUUAUGAGGUUCGUACCAGUGACACUUUGUCAACUAUUGCUUCCUUAUUCCUGAAAUAUCAAUUUGUAUCCGCCUUACCUUUAUUGAAAUCUGUUGUUGGUCUUAUUCGAAAUUUAUCUACUGUGGAAGUGACACGUCAUGAACUUAAAGAUUUAAAUGUACCAGGAAUGGUAGCAAAUAUUUUCUUACAAACAUUUAAUUCAUUGAAUAAAACCAAUAGACAACAAUAUCAUGGUAUCACUGGAGAAGAAUCGAAUAAUUAUUUAGAAGGUGUAAAUCUUGAAGAUAUGCUAGAAUUAACAUUGGCCGCAUUACAGAUUAUGGCUAAAGAUCAAUCUAUUCAAGAAGAAUUUAUUCAUACAGCAGGUUUAGUUUCAUCUGUUGUACAAUUAGUAUAUUCUCCAUCUGUAUGUUUACAACGUGCUUCAACUGCUUUCUUAAGUCAGUUGUCAACAUCUCGUUCUGGAUGUCAAGCAAUUGAAAAUGAAGGAGCUUGUCCACGAUUUACUGAACUAAUUCAGUCGAAUAAUGAAUAUAUUGCUGCAUAUACUGCAGCAAUCUUACAUCGUAUUGCUCAAGAUAAACCUGAAGCUUAUAGACGUCGAUUAUCAUUGGAAUUACGUCAAUCACUUUUUGAUGGUGGACUACUCAAUGAUCCAAAUGAAAUAGAUCCAUAUAAGUCAAGUCCAUCAAACUGA